AUGGCCUCCCUCGAAUGCUCUCAACAGACUUCUACCACAGCAACAGUUGCAGUCAGUAGCGGUAGGAGGAACCGUCACGAUAGCAAGAAUCAGGAGGAUCAAAGCCGGAAAAAGAUCCUGUUCAAGUUUAUCCUUGACGGUCAGAGCUGGGUUACUGAUCCGGAUCAGGAAGCUGGGCGUGACUAUACCGGCCACCUCAAUAACGUCCUCUUCAUCAUCAACCCCCUCCCUACUGCCACCUCUACUACCAUCGAUACAAAGGACGAUGCACUAACACCACCAGCGGAGGAGACUGUCGCCGAAACGGUCUAUGCUCCUGCACUUGCUGUUGUCAAACCUGUUAUGCAAGUUGCCCAGAUCACCGUCGAGUUAUCACCCGCUCCUGAACAGACUGAACAGCCCAUGGAAGAAGUUGAGGAUGAGGACGACAAGAUCAUCAAGGCUCUUGGUGGCGGUAUAUGGGGCACACCCUCCGUCAAGGUCAACGACCCUACUGCCUUGUCCGAGCAUUUCCAGGAAGCCCUUGCAGCCAAUGCCGCCGCCACCUCCAUCUCUGCAUCUUCGCCAUCUCCUGCUGUUGAAACCGAAGAAGGUUACUGUUAA